AUGGUCGCCAUUGGCAGCUUGCUCUUCUGCGAUGCCUGUGGGUCACUCUUGCCACGAGUGAUCCCAGGCGAGAAUGCGAACGAUAUGAUCAAAUGCGAUGAUUGCUCUCAAUACACCAAAGACACAUCGUCAAAAGUCGUCAUGUCCAAAUCCAAACCCAGUGCGUUUCCGUCUAGUCUGCGCGACAAGCUCUCCGACGUGCAGAACGUCAAUACAGAGGAGCUCCAGGUUGAAGCAGUCAUAGCCAAGACCUGCCCCGAUUGCGGGAGGAAGGAGAUGUUUUAUCACACCAAGCAACUGCGCAGCGCUGACGAGGGUACUACUGUUUUCUACCGAUGCGAGUGUGGCUACAAGGAAGUUCAGAACAACUGA